AUGCUGGUGAGAUGCAGAAGCCGGCGUCCCACCUCCCGGUUUGGGCCUCCCUCCAGGCGUGACCCCAGCCCCUCUUCCUUGCAGAGUCCCACUGCUUCCCUCGACUCAGAGCCCCCGCGUGCCCCAGCUUCUGACGGAAUCCCUGCAGGCACGAGCGUUUCCCCAGGACUCUCAGAAAGACCCCCGGGAUCGUGCGCGCCGCCGGGGCUGGAGGAGGCGCUGAGCGCGUUGGGGCUGCAGGGAGAACGCGAGUACGCCGGGGACAUCUUCACCGAGGUCUUGGUGUGCCGCGCGCUGCCCGGGAGGGCCCUGCCCCGCACCGUGACCCCGGAGAUGCGCGCGCUAGUGGUGGACUGGCUGGUCCAGGUGCACGAGUACCUGGGCCUGGCGGGGGACACUCUCUACCUGGCCGUGCACCUGCUCGAUUCCUACCUGCGCGUGGGCCGAGUGCGCCUACACCGCCUGCAGCUGCUGGGCGUGGCCUGCCUGUUCGUGGCGUGCAAAAUGGAAGAGUGCGUGCUUCCCGAGCCCGCCUCCCUCUGCCUCCUAGGAGCUGGCUCUUUCUCGCAGGCCGAGCUUCUGCGGGCCGAGCGCCGCAUCCUGAGCCGCUUGGAUUUCCGGCUGCACCACCCAGGUCCGCUCCUCUGCCUGGGCCUACUUACUGCGGUGGCUGGAAGCAGCUCCCAGGUGAUUCUACUUGCCACCUACUUCCUGGAGCUGUCUCUGCUGGAGGCCGAGGCCGCUCGGUGGGAGCCCGGUCGCCGCGCAGCAGCGGCACUGAGCCUGGCGCACCGUGUGCUCAACGGCGCGGGGUCCGGACAGGAGCCGGCGCUUUACAGCCCCGCAGAAUUGAGCCCGCUGGAGCCGUGCAUGGCCCGCGCGGCGCUCCGAGGCCCCGCGCCCGGCCGCGCCGCCAUCUUCCUCAAGUACGCGCGGCCCCAAUGCCAAGGCACCAGCCUCGCCGCCGCCUGCCUGCUCCGCCGCCCCCAGCCCGGGCCUCCCUGAAUCCCUAUCAAAAAAGACUUCGUGUGUGUCCGCUUCCCACUUCAAUAAAAGAGUUUUUUAUUCUGA